UUCUUGACGAGGGUUUCAAUUACCCCCUUUCUGCCAACCACUUUUCUCUGAGAAAAUUCAGCGAUUCAUCCAAUUUUAUCGUCUGCGGAGUUGAAGAUUUUACUGCAAUUUAUUGAAAUACAAUGGAAAGCGGCGAGGGCGAAGAGGUUAAUAUUGAAGAACUCGUAGCCAACCUCUCUACUUACAAAGACCAGCUUCAACAGGUCCGCAAACUAUUGAAUGAUGACUCAAAGAACUCGGAGUUUUUGGACAUGGAGAAAGAACUUGUGGAGUUUCAAGGAACUUCAUGUGACUGAAGGAAGAUGUUUUUAUCCUUGGAUUAUCAAGGUAAUUCAGUUAACAGAGGAGCUUCUAGCAACUGCAAAACAAAGUGAUAGUGGUUCUGGACUUGGUACUGGGACUAGUGGUGAAGCAUCUCUAAGUCCACAUCUUUCAGGGAGCUCCUUUCAUGUGAAAUCAAGAGCUACUGAUGAUGAUGGUGAUAAGUUUUCUGUUGGCACCAAAGUACAAGCAGUCUGGAGUGAAGAUGGAGAGUGGUAUGAUGCAACAAUUGAGGCGCUUACUCCAAAUGGAUAUUAUGUUUCCUAUGAUGAAUGGGGUAACAAGGAAGAGGUGGAUCCUGACAAUGUUAGACCUAUCCAAGAAGGCACCACCGACCCUAUGCUGGAAGCUGAAAAAAUUGCUGUGGCUACAAAAGAAGCCCUUAAGCGUAAGAUUGCCCAAGCUGCCUCGAAAGACUUUCAGCCCUGGACUGUGCCACAGAAACUUCAAAUUGAUCCUAGUGAUCCCGAAGAUGUGAAAGCUGCCAAGAGGAAAAAAAUACAUGCCUUUAAGUCCAAGAUGCGGAUGGAAGCAAAAGAAGUUACACAGAAUAAGAGGCAGAAUGCUUGGCAGCAAUUCCAGACAACUAAGGGCCGGGCUAAAAAGGUUGGUUUCUUCUCGGGUCGAAAGCGAGAGAGCAUAUUUAAAUCUCCAGAUGAUCCUUUUGGGAAGGUUGGGGUAACUGGAAGUGGGAAGGGUCUCACUGAGUUUCAGAAAAGAGAAAAGCAUCUGCAUCUCAAAGGAGCAAAUAUGGAAAGUGUGGAUGAUUAAGUUGCAAAGCCUUUUGGAGUUCUCUUCCAGUUAUGUAGAUCUUCCCAUAGCUGUCUGAUCCAAGAAUUUGUUAUCGGGAUUAGCAGCUUGCAAACACAGGAUGCAAGGUUUUUAUUAUUGAAAUGUUUUCUAUUACAGUCACAAUUGAUUUACUCAGUUCACAACUACAAUACUAUGUGUUCUAUCCUCAUGCUCUUCAA